CAAAAAAAAAAAAGGAAAAAAAAGAAAACACCUUGCCAACGUACCUUUGUCCUCCACUCUCGUCUUUCAAAAUUCCCCGCCACCGUCCCCUUUUUCCAUCGCCGAGCUUCGCUGAAUCAGCUUUUGCAUUCCCACUCACUGUCACAUUUUACAAAACUUGAACACAGGUUUAAAUAGUUGCAACUAUCAGUAUGAGUGACUUAUCAAGGGAGGAUUUUAGUAAUACACUUCGAAUACUUGUUGCUACGGAUUGCCAUCUGGGCUAUAUGGAGAAGGAUGAAAUACGGCGGCAUGAUUCUUUCCAGGCAUUUGAUGAGAUAUGCUCAAUAGCAGAACAAAAGAAUGUGGAUUUUGUGCUUCUUGGUGGUGAUUUGUUCCAUGAGAAUAAGCCCUCAAGGUCAACUCUAGUUAAGGCCAUUGAGAUUCUUCGCCGUCAUUGCAUGAGCGAUCAGCCAGUGCAGUUCCAAGUUGUUAGCGACCAGACUGUGAAUUUUGCAAAUACAUUUGGCCAUGUAAAUUAUGAAGAUCCUCACUUCAAUGUUGGCUUGCCAGUGUUUAGUAUUCAUGGAAAUCAUGAUGAUCCUGCUGGAGUGGAUAAUCUCUCCGCUGUUGAUAUUCUCUCAGCUUGCAAUCUUGUAAACUAUUUUGGGAAAAUGGUUCUUGGGGGUUCUGGUGUUGGUCAGAUCACUGUGUAUCCUAUCCUUAUGAGGAAGGGUGCAACAGCUGUGGCUCUCUAUGGUCUUGGGAACAUCAGAGAUGAGAGACUCAAUAGAAUGUUUCAGACACCACAUGCUGUACAAUGGAUGAGACCUGAAUCUCAAGAAGGGUUGCAAGUGUCAGACUGGUUCAACAUUCUGGUGCUUCAUCAGAACAGAGUGAAGACAAACCCAAAAAAUGCCAUAAAUGAGCACUUUUUACCACGUUUUCUGGACUUUGUGGUGUGGGGGCACGAACAUGAAUGCCUUGUGGACCCUCAGGAAGUUCCAGGGAUGGGAUUUCACAUUACACAACCUGGUUCUUCAGUUGCAACAUCUCUGAUUGAUGGAGAAUCAAAGCCAAAGCAUGUGCUACUUUUAGAAAUUAAGGGGAAUCAAUAUCGUCCAACCAAGAUUCCUUUGACGUCAGUGAGGCCUUUUGAGUACACAGAGAUUGUAUUGAAGGACGAACCUGAAAUUGAUCCCAAUGAUCAAAAUUCGAUUCUUGAACAUUUAGACAAAGUGGUCCACUCUCUGAUAGAGAAAUGUAGAAAAAAUGUUGUUAGCCAAUCACGGCUCCAACUUCCAUUAGUCCGCAUAAAGGUAGACUAUUCUGGGUUUAUGACAAUAAAUCCUCAAAGAUUUGGACAGAAGUAUGUGGGGAAGGUUGCAAACCCACAAGACAUUCUUAUAUUUUCAAAGGCUUCAACAAAGGGCCGGAGCGAAGCUAAAAUUGAUGAUUCUGAACGGCUUCGCCCAGAAGAAUUAAAUCAGCAAAACAUAGAGGCUUUAGUUGCCGAAAACAAUCUGAAAAUGGAGAUCCUUCCUGUCAAUGAUUUGGAUGUUGCAUUACAUAAUUUUGUUAGUAAGGAUGACAAGAUGGCUUUCUAUUCUUGCCUGAAAUACAAUCUUGAAGAAACUCGAAACAAAAUUUCUAAGGAUCCAGACACUGUGACAUUUAAAGAGCAAGAUUUGGUCCUUAAAGUUGGAGAGUGCUUGCAGGAACGUGUCAAGGAAAGGUCUGCACACUCUAAGAAUAAUUCUCCAUUCACCUCAACUGCUCCAUCUGGGGAGGAUUUCAGAAGUACAAGUGCUGCAGGAACUGCAAGUGCAGUUUCCUUCAGUGAUGAUGAAGAUACAACACAGAUGACGGGCUUAAAAUCCACUUCCAGAGGCCGCAAGGGCCCAUCCAAGCCGUCUUCUUCAGAAGUUGGCAAAGGUAAAACUUCUACAAGAGGAAGGGGAAGGGGUAGGGGUAGGGGCUCCAGUAACUUGAAGCAGACGACUCUCGAUGCAUCUCUUGGAUUCCGGCAGUCUCAGAGGUUUUUCUUUGACCCAAAUUUGAGGAAAUGUUUAAUCAAUUGAGAGGCCCCUUCAUUUUAAAAUGUAAAUUAUAAAUAAAAUUCAGAGUUAUUUACACAAACACCCCCUGAGGUUUUUCGUGUUUUCACAUA